AUGUGCACCGUCAAGUGGUUGUGCUUGUUCGUGGUGCUGGCCACCUGUUGGGCUCAGGAGGGCGAGUGGAGUGAAGACGCUGAGGAUCUUGUGUCAACAGUGGAGGUGGACGCAGUGUUGGGACGAACGGCAUCUCUGCCUUGUGACGUCACACCGGAUGCCAACGAAGAUAGAGUAUACAUGGUGCUAUGGUUCCGAGCCGGAAAGGCCACAGGCGGAAAACCUAUUUAUAGUUUUGACGUCCGGGGGCGGUCGUUCAACAAGGCACUUCAGUGGUCAGACCCCAAUGUCUUCGGGCCUAGAGCGUAUUUCGCCACUGUCGCCCGCCCUGCUUCACUCACCCUUGACACAGUCCAGCUGGACGAUGAAGGAGUGUACAGAUGUCGCGUCGAUUUCAAGAAUUCGCCAACAAGGAACUUUCAGAUACGACUAUCAGUCAUAGUACCACCACAUCAACUGAUACUGUACGACAAGUCUGGACGCGAUGUGUCCGGCGUGGUGGGACCCUUGGAGGAAGGCAACGAACUGGUGCUCGUCUGCGAGGUCAGAGGAGGCCGACCUUCCCCAACAGUGUUGUGGUUGAUAGACGGUGUACCAGCGCCACAGUACAUCGGCGAGAAGUCCGACUCUCACGUCGUCGUGAACAAACUUGAGUUACCCCACGUCAAGAGAUCCCAUUUGAACACAACCUUCAAGUGUCGAGCGUCGAACACGAACCUCGUCAGUCCUCAAGAAAAGACGGUGCGGUUAGAAAUGAAUUUAAGGCCGACGUUGGUGCAGAUAGCGAAGAAGCCGCCGACGUUAUCGUCCGAGCGGCAUGUCAGCUUAUCAUGUGUGGCGGAGGGAAGCCGCCCGCCCGCCCAGCUCACUUGGUUCAAGGACAAUAGGAAAUUCACUAGGGGCAAGAUAACAGAAGCCAUGAACGACACGUGGGUUAGCAGCACGGUACAGUUCACACCACUUCCAGAAGACGAUGGCGUGCAGCUCAAGUGCCAAGCAGACAACAGCGCGUUACCUGGGCAGAGUCUAGAAGAUUCUUUCCGAUUAGAUGUUGUGUAUCCCCCGGUGGUAUCAUUAUCAUUAGGCAGUACACUGAACCCCAACGAAAUAAAGGAAGGCGAUGAUGUCUACUUUGAAUGUUCAGUUCGUGCCAACCCUAAGGAGCAUCGCAUCUCUUGGUAUCAUAAUGACAAACCGGUGCUACACAACGUGGUGUUAGGCGUAAUAGUCAGCACUAAAUCCUUGGUUCUGCAAAAGGUGACCCGCGAACACACCGGUGACUAUUCAUGUCGAGCUUCGAAUUCCCUUGGCGAGACAGCCAGUCAAAUGACACAUCUGAGCAUACAAUAUGCUCCAGUCUGUAUCCACGCAUCACCCCAAGUUCUUGGCGCACAAUUGGAUGAAACACUGCGCGUGCGCUGCUCUGUAACUGCGAACCCUCCGGACGUCACGUUUUUUUGGCAAUUCAACAACAGUGGGGAAAGUCUCGAUGUUUCGCCAUCUAAGUAUGGUACGGCUAAUGGUAGUACGAGUGAACUGAUUUAUAAACCGCAAAGUGAACGGGAAUACGGUGCCCUUAGCUGUCGUGGUACCAACACUGUUGGCAGACAACUUGAACCAUGUAUCUUUCAGAUUGUACCAGCAGCUCGACCGGCCCCGCCCCGGAACUGUUCAUUACAAGCCAGUCUCAACGGGACCGAGGGGUUGACAGUUCUGUACGUGCGCUGCGUCGCCGGCUACGAUGGAGGACUGCCGCAGUCUUUUAUUUUGGAAGCCCUAGAUCCUGUCACCAGUAACAAUAGAUAUAACAUUACUGUUAAUGACACGGAUGGACUAGUUACAUUCAAAUUAGACCUGUCGCAGUUGUCACCAAACGAUAUAGAUGGCGCCACCUUCAACCUGCUAAUUUACGCGAGAAAUCUGAAAGGCGAAUCGGAGAAAACUUUACUCGAAAACAUUGCUUUUAAUGACGCAGCACGAAGAACAGAUGGAAAGAGCAGCAUGGGAGGUGCCACUUUAGGGAUAUUAGUGGCAGCUGCCUCAGGCGCUACCCUCGCAGCCGGAGGGAUAGCGCUCGCCGCACUGUGCGCCCGAAGGAAAAGGUCACAUCCCCCCCACAAACACCCCCCCGGAGACAUGUUGGAGCUGAGCGAUGGCGGGAGACGUUAUGUCGUCGCUUAUACUAUUAAACCUUCCCCGGACUCGAGAACACCAGAACCACAACCGGACAUUUUGAAUGCCCCAGAUGGUGAUAGUCAAAAUGUGUUGUCUGCCACAACAGACGCUGAUGAAUGGUCUACCGUGCGGGAAGUUAAAGGCGACUGGACAAAAGGUGGAGCAGUUUUUUCCGCCGAAGACUUGGCACUUCUAGAUACAACUGGACAGCCACAACAAAUAAAUCUAUCACCAGAGAGCGACAUAACACCACAUCGACAAGAAGACUUAGUCAACCAAAAUCUAACUCAACCACUGUUGGCGAAUAACUUUCGACCUAGCUUAAGUCCCACUUUGGGUAGUCCAAACUUUGUGUGUCCAAAUGGUAAUGUAGGGUCCCCCUUCGGGAGUCAAACUUUGACGCUAAGCGGACCCACUCUUAGUUCAGGAAGUCUUGCAACGUCUACUUUACACAGAAAAGGAAAGAGUAACGUGAGGAGAAGAGAACAUGUCUUGGCAGAGAACUUGCCAGGACCUGAAAGCUGUGUGUAA